AGCCUUUUGAGCGUCAAGCCGUCGUAGCGAAGUAGCUUCUUGCUCAUGCUGGCAAAGUUGGUGUUGCUUUGUGCUGUGACUGGCGCCCUUGCAGGUUUGAAAUGGGGUUCAGUCAAUCAGACCGACAGCAAGGAGAAUCCAGAGCCGGACUCCAGCGAUUUGCAGGGCAUGGAGAGCACAACCGAGCCUGACGGCUCGGAUGUCGCAAGCAAGAAGCGGCUUCCGUCGUGGUUGCUGUCACUAUCACCACCACCACCUCCACCUGUGGGGCCAUACAACCCUUACCCGGCCACCCCCGGGGCCGACUUCAUUCGCUACCUCAACCACGACUUCAAGCAAGGCUAUGUCCUGCACCAGGAGCACGAUCCAAGCAUACAAGACCCAUGGAAGUGUUGGACCGUGACCAAGGAGAAGGGAUUCAACGCCAUGUCCUACAGCGCCGUCCACAGAGACUGCUACUUCAAAAAUGUGCCUGUUCCUUUCCCGGGUGCCACCGCCUUGGAUCCGUGGCACGACGGCUUUUGCCAAGUGAAGAUGUGAGGUGAGGAGCGAAAGGCACACGCCUAAUUUUGUGCUCCAGCCGGAACAGCCCACAGGAAUUACCGCUGGCGGCUGUGGCCCCCAUUUUGCUCGUGCUUAGGCAUGACAGCUAUCCAGCACGAGGCAGGGGGAUUUUAAUACUAGAGAUGUGUUAUACACAGGCACGAUCUCGAGCUUGUCUCAAAGCCCGCACAG